AUGCAACACUUAUCUAUUUCUUAUUUUCUUCUCUUUACACUCUUCACCUCUUCGUGUUUCUCAUUGCUGAAUUUUGUUUAUAAAUAGCAGCCUCUGCCCAUUACUACAACUCCCUUUCACCACUCAAUUCUCUGAAAACUCCUCUUUAGUUCUGUUCUCAUACUUAAAAUACCUAUUCGGUCCUUACAAUUGUUUAUAACAAAUUCGUUGCCUAAUGGCACAAAUUCCGAAGCUGAUUGUGUGUCUUUCCAUGCUAAUUAUUCUAAAAGGUGUUUGGUGUACCACGUUUACGUUUGUUAACAAGUGUGACUAUACAGUGUGGCCAGGAAUUCUAGGCAGUCCGAGCUUGGGUACCACAGGGUUUGAGCUAGCCAAGGGAACAUCACAGUCCUUCCAGGCUCCAGCCGGUUGGUCAGGCCGGUUCUGGGGCAGAACCGGCUGCAAUUUUGACGGAUCAGGUCAGGGCUCGUGCAAAACUGCAGAUUGCGGCUCAGGCCAAGUUGAGUGCAAUGGCGCAGGAGCCACACCCCCAGCUACCCUAGCCGAGUUCACACUCGGCUCAGGUAGCCAGGACUUCUAUGAUGUGAGCCUGGUUGAUGGCUACAACAUACAGAUGAUGGUUGAGGUGACUGGAGGGUCGGGUCCUUGUGCAUCGACAGGUUGCAUUGAGGACUUGAACCUCAGGUGUCCUGCUGAGCUCAAGGUGGAGGGUGGCAGCGCUUGCAAUAGCGCCUGCACGGCCUUUGCCACCCCUGAGUACUGCUGUAAAGGCGAAUUCAAUUCGCCUACAGCUUGUGCUCCUUCAAUUUACUCACAAAUAUUCAAGACCGCGUGUCCAAGAUCCUAUAGCUAUGCUUAUGAUGAUAAAACAAGUACAUUUACUUGCACAGACGCGGAUUAUAUCAUGACAUUCUGUCCAAAUCACCCAAGUUCAAAAGCUACAAGAGAUUCACCGGAUACAAGUGAAGGAUCAGGGUCAGGGUCAGGGUCUGAUUCAGGAUCCGGGACAGAGUCUACGACGUUGUCAGAUGGAUGGUUAGCAAACUUGGCAACCGGAGAGUCCAGUAGAGCAUACAGUUUUGGUGCUGCACAAAUUGUUGGAUUUGUCAUUGCUGCUAUAUCUGUUACAUUCAGUUUUACGCGAUCUUCGUAGACUCUGUAGUGUUUGAAUCACAGAGAAUUGCAGAGAAUUGGUAGAGUAGAAACCAGACAUAUGUAGGCAAGUUUUCUUAAACUUUAAUGUAAGAUACAUGUUGUGUGAAUAUUGAUUAUAUUAAUUGAACCAUCUUUCUUCUUAGGUUUGAA